CUUUUUUUCUCAGUCAAAGAAUGAACGUAGAUCAUCAUUACGGAUAAUUUAUCUAUUUAAAAAUGGUUAAUAUUUUUAAAAAGGUCGAUAAGGAUUUCUCACCAACUGAAAAACAGUGAGUACAUACGCGUUUUUUUCGAUAUAUUUUUAUAAACAAUCAAUUGUACAGGUUUUUUUUCAAAAUAGUAAUAAUAAAUUUAAAAUAAAUGUUAUAGGGUUUUUUUAAGUCACUGUUCCAUAAAACUCAAUUAAUUUUUGAGAUAAAUUAAAAUAAAAUAUUUUUGUUUUCUAUUGGUUUGUUUUCAUAGUUCAAUAUUUUGGCUGUAAAAUAAUGCCACGAUAAUGCCAACUAAUAUACCCAUAGUAGAAAAUAAAAGACAUUUUGUAAUAAUAGCUAGGUUGAAUAAGGGUAAGACAUUGUUGGACAAUUCUACUUUUAAGUUUUGGUAGAGGAAUGUAUUGGAACACUAUUUAAAUGCCACGGGCCGCGUUACCACACAAAUAAUGUUUCAGUAUUAUCCCCUUACCCAAACUUAAAAGUGUAAUGUCUCGUCGAUGAGUUGACGGAAAUUAAAAAUGUUAACACCAAAAUGUAUUUUUUAUGUAUAUAUAUUUAAUUUUAUAUGUAUGUAUUUAAUCUAAAAAAUCAUCUUUUUAUGGGAUUUGUAAUGGAGGAUGUUAUUUUAAAAUCAAAAGUGUGUAGUUUUUACGCCCCUCCACAAAAAAAAAAAAAAAACAAAGGUGACAAAAAAUAACGGUAACUUAACAUUUUUAAAGCUGAUUGUUUUUAUAAAUUGAUCAAAAGAUAAAAUGUCGAAUACUUUCCGGGAUGAUGAGUGCCAUCUUGAAGAUUGUACACCCUGUUAUACAGGGUGAUCGACUCUAAAACAAACAGGAGGGAGAAUGCGGGAAAGGAGAUAAUUAUUAAAAUAAUUUAUAACAAACUAAUUAUUAUUUAUGUAUAAGUAUAGCGAGUGACGUAAUGUUACGCGAGUCCGUACAAAUAAAUAUUAAUAAAUCCCGCAGUGGUAAUUAUUAUUCUCAUAACAUUUUUAUUGAUUCGGCAAAGGACUUUGUUCGCUAUAUAAACAAAAAUAGUUAUCGAUUAUUACAACACUUGUACUAUUACUGGUAAUUUUGUGAGAUUUUUUUUUUUUCAUGCACAGAUUAAAAUUUUUUAAUUUUUUUAAUUAAUUCUAACGAUGUCUAAACCAAAUGCAGAAUUUAAUAGGGUACCUAUGGAUCAAAAAGUUAAAUUUCUUAUUGAUAUUUACAAAAUAGGAUGGUAUUUUAUGGUUUUCGAAAGGUACCUAUUACCUAAUAAGGUACACUUAUUUCCGGUUUAUCAGAUUAGAUUUUCUUUUCGUAAGUUUAUGCCUUAAUAUAAACCGAUCAAAUAAUAAUAUUCCUAUAGUAACUUAUUACUUAUGAUAGUUUUCAAGAUUAGAAUAACAGCUAAUCGGGGUUAUAAUUUUUGUAUAAUAUUAUUGUAUCUGUACGAAAAACGAGUUUAUAAUAAUUGGUAAUAAAUUUAGAGCUUCCAUUUUGUGUGUAGAUACACGCUUUUCACGUGUUCACGUGAAAUCAACAUUCGAAUCUAUAAAGCCGUGUACUUAAAAAAUUCCGUACACACGUGUAAUUAUUCACGUAUUCACGUGAAUAAGUAAAUGAACGAGAACACGGAUAAUAAAUUCAGGUGAAGAGAAAUUGUUCGUUCAAAUGUACACGGACUCGUGUUCACAUACCUACGUACAAAUUCGUGGUUUUAAUGGAGACCUCUAGAAACAAUAUUAAUAAUUAAUAAAGUGAAAACGGAAAAAAAUAAACCUAUUAUUAGUUAUUGAUAUAGUUCCUAAAAUACAAUGCGCUAAAACUAAGUGUUCGGAUUCGAGCAGGAAGGUUGUACACCUCGUGUUUGUUUUUUGCCAAUUUUUAAAAUGCCUUGUACCUUUGUUUUCUCAAAACUCCCGUUGAACAACAAUAUUUUUUUAGGGGUACCUAUUAUAUUAUGUAAAAACUAAAUAUUCCAAAUUUCCCGAACGAUUCCAAUGUCAACAGCUAAUCAACAGCUGGUCAACUACUUAUUCAACCUUUGUUUGAAACCGGUUCUGUACAAAUAUACAAGCAGGGGAAUGCAUCUGAGAUAGUCUUAUUAUACGAGUAGGUACAUAAUAUUAUUGUUGCCUCAGUGCUGUGGCUGGUAGCGUCUUAUUAUUAGUAAAUUGUUGUAUGCUCUCGAGAAAACAAAUGAAAUGAAAUCGUUCUUCACCAGAUUAAAUCCGUUCGACAGCGGAGAGACUGAGUAAAUAUUCAUUUUUGAUUUUUUUUUUUUUUUUUUUUUUUUUUUGUCUUUUAACGAAAACACUAUGAAUUAUACAGUGUUCACAUUAUUUCACAAAAGUUUGUAUAAUGCGCACAUUAUAUAAUAAUGCUAUUAUGAACCGUUUAUUAUCAUUAUUUCAACAGCUAAAACCGUAUCAAUUAUUGCACUUUUUGAACACCUAUUUUAUUUAUUUUUUAAAUACAAUAAAUUAUACCUAUUCAAUAUUUAGUACUUACAUAAUAUGUAUUUUUAUUAAGUGAGUAGGUUAUAGGUCUGAUUUUCGUUUGAAUAUAACAUUUUGAAAAAUGAUUGUGGUAAAUAUUUUUCAAAGCCAAUCUUUACUCUUAUACGUAAUAUACUUAUAGCCAAUUCGUAUAGUUACGAUAUGAUUGCAUUGUAAAAAGUUGGAAAGAUAGGAUAUAUAUAAGGGUAUGGAAGUAUUUUAAUUUAAAUCUGUACGCAGCAGUAAAUUAUUAUUAUUAACGAAAAACGACUCUAAGCGAAUUUCCGUUAAACAAGUUUUGAAAUGCCGCGAUUUUAAUGACUUUUACAAGAUUUUGAAUUUUAACUUUUAAAAAAAAUACUAGGUACGCUAAAUUUUUUUUUUCAUUAAGUGCAACUUCCGGUUGAAUAGUCGAGCAUUUUUACUUGACCAACACAGUUUUAUCAGCACAAAAUUGUAUCAAAACUAAACAAACUCAAACAUUUCAAAUGGCUAUAAAUAGCUCAAAAUCGGCAUGUAUGUUUUUACCAAAUAUAGAAAGGACUAAUAUAAAUAUUCUAUCAAAUGUCAAGUCUUUAUGAAUAUUUUUAACUGAAUUAAAAUAAAAAUACAAUAACGAACAUAACUGAAACCGUUGAGUAGAUUUUCCUGUUAGAGAUGAUCGGAGCAAGAUUUCUGAUAAAAAGUCGUCUACAGACAGGAAAAAAAACAUAUCAUAGCAAAACCAAUAUACACCCCGCUACACUUAGAAUAUAAAAUAAAUGACGUUCAAUUAUUAUAUAAGUGGUUGAUUAAUAUUAAUUUAAAAUUUAAAUAAUACAAAUAUUCAAAACUUAAAAAAAAUAAAAAAUCAGUCAGGUAGGUAUUAAACUCUACGAUCGAAUUAUCUAUAACCUACCUCUAACAUUACAGUUAUUGAGGCGCAACUUAAGUUCUUUUUUAUUCUUUUUAAAUGAUAACAAAUUUUCCAAUCACCUCAUUUUCAACGCUGUUUGUUUAAAUGUGCCUACACAUUUAUAAUAUUCUAUCAUAUAUUUCAGCCCACUGCUUCGAGCCAAAGCCGAAUUACAGCCGUUUUGGAAGAAAUCAUGGUUUUCAUUUUUAAUAACGGUAUUGAUUAUCGGCAUUUCCGCACUUGUCAUCGUGUACUUGGCUUUCCCUAGCAAAAGUUCAUCGGACACGGUCGAUACCGUUGUAGACGCUAUCACCGUUUUAUCCACAAAAACAAUCAGUGUCGUCUCAUAUAUCGAGACUAAACCGGGACUAUCGGGAUCAAGGGUGUCAAGCGUAGCCACGACAAACGGAGACUAUUUCAAAAAAUGCGCCCCUGCCGUCACCUGUGACCCGAACGCCAAGUAUCGGACGUACAACGGUUCGUGUAAUAAUUUGCAGAAUCCCAACUGGGGAGCGGCUAUGACGCCGUUCUACAGAUUGAUGGACGCAGAAUUUGACGACGGUAAUAAUACACCUAUGCAAGGUUAAAAGCCGAAUAGGAUCGAAGGAUCAUGUAAUAAACGAAAAUCAAAAAAAAAAAAAAAAAAUCGAAUUGUGUACCGAAAAAUACAAUUUCGUCUAAAUUACAAAAUUCUGAGCAUUUUUUUUUCACCGAGAGUUUUAUGUUGUUUUUUUUCGUAUUUUUAUUUUUUUUUUUCACGAAUUUAAUAUAAUAUUACACGAAACAGAUCUUAUAUUCACGCUAAACUAUUAACUGCAUUAAACGUUUCGUUGGAUCUGCAGGUAAUGAAACGCUUCGAAAGCAAUUGGAUGGAAAGCCAUUACCCAGUGCUAGAGUGGUGGGUUUGAAAUUGUUUUACUUGAGAGAUAUCCAGUAUUUGGAUUACGAACAUAGUGAGAUAUUGGUUCCGUGGGGACAGUUCUUGACUCACGAUGUAUCUUUCUAUCCCGACGAUAUUAGAGGAUCGGAUACACCAGGUACGUGGAAUGACUAAAUUGUCAUAUGUAUUAUUAUUAUCCGUGAAAUUACUAGGGUUUGAUAUUUGAGUUUAACGAGUGUUUAAUUCGUGUGUUUUUAGCGCAUUUGGAUCACUGUUUUGAUAAAGAUAAGUCGACACUGCCUUUCGAAUGCGAAACGAUUAUAACAAUACCGUCGGACGAUCCUGUAUACAGUCCGUAUAACGUAUCGCUGUUCAAAUUCGUUCGAUCUACAACUUCGGCGAAUUUCAGCUGCCCGUUAAUACCUAGAACUAUUGUAAGUCUUAUAUAAGAAAUAUAUUAGUAUUAUAAUGACGUUAUUUAUACCGUUAUUAGAAAUUAAUUUGGAUAAAAAAAAAAAAGAAAGUUUGAUAUGAUUACAUGUCAGGUUUUAAUCGCAUCACUUGGCUUACUUCAGAAUAAUAUUAUAAUCACUUAUGAUAUACUUAUUAAUAUGUACAGUUUUAUUGUUUCAAUAUUAAAAACGGCAUCGUGAACAAAAACUAUAAAACAAUAUUUAGAAAGAAACUCUGAAUUUUUAUAUUUUUUAAACCACAAAUAAAAAAAAGAGUUGAUACUGGAGAUAGGAGUGGUCACUGUUGUAGGUGAAAAGUUGGGAAGAUAGGAUACAUAAGGUUAUUUCAUUUAUAUUUGUAAGCAACGAUAAACUAUUGCUUGACGAAAGACGAUUCUGAGCGUAGUUCGAUAAUACAUAAUUUUUGCGAUUUUCGUUUAAAUUUAAUUUCAAAACGCUUUUUUUUUUAAAAAAAAAAAAUCGUUCGAUGAUUUUGCAAAUUCUACCACGUCUAGACAAGUUCAAUAUAAGUAUUAUUACCAAAUUUCAAGUCUUUAUGUGUAUUUAUAACCGAAUUACAGCAAAAAAUUCCCAAAAAUUAAAAUUCCUUAAAAGCUCAAUAGUGGUUUAAAAUUGUUUGCAAUGAUACGGUAAGAAAGUAAAUUAAAAAGGAAACAAAAAAGGUAUCUUGUAAUUUUUCGUUUAAAUAAUUUUUUCUGGUAGAAAACGUCGUCCAUGUUUUAAAAAAUAAUGUAAUUGUGAAAUUGCACGUUUUCCUAUAUUUUUUACCCACUUUAGUGCUUUUAUUUAAAAAUGACCUCUCUAAAGUACCAUCUAGACAACUUGAGCUUUCAGAAAAGUUGCUACACGUAAAAAUCUGAGCAAGUUUACUAAGAAAAAACAUGUCUACAGACUAGAACACAGAAAAAAAAGAAAUAAACAUCUUAGUAAAACCAAUAGUUCCCUCACUACGUUCGAAAUUUAAAAUAAAAUUAUUACUCUCUAAAGCAAACCGUGAUCAAUUUAUAAUCUUUGGAUUAGACUCGUUACAUAGCCAAUUUGUAGCAUUUACAUAAUCACAGUAUAGAUUUAGUAAUUUAUUAGUUCUUCUACGAAUUCACAAAUGAAUGCAGAUUAUUUUUCAUCAAAUUAAUCUACUUGUAUAAUAGGUGUAUAUUAGGUAUCUAAUUAUUAAAGAAGAAAUAUCAAACUUAGAUAAUAAUAAAUUGUAAAUUACCUACCUAAUAUAGUCUUCUUCUCUAUCUCUUUUCCCAACUUUUGCAGUAAUUCACCUUGAUCAUUACAUAAUAGUGUUCCCUAUUUUUAGUUAUCUAACCUAACCUAUAAAUUUCACCUCGAAUGAUGUUAAUAAUUUUCGACAUCAUAAUAUAUUGACAUUAAAAUAAUUUAUUUUGUAUCUGUCAAUAAUAAUUAAUAUAAACAUUGAAAAUAAUUUUAGUUAAAUAGAAAUACUCAAUAUAUAGAUGCAUCACACGUAUACGGAUCAAAUUUAAAAACAGCCGAUAGUCUUCGAGCGUUUGAAAAUGGUAAACUCAGAACGUGGAUAUACGAAAAUGAAGAAUACUGUCCUAAAAAUCCGGACUCGGAAUUUAAAGACGGCCCUUUGGGAAAAUCUAAUGUUCAAUUCACUGCAGGUAGGUAACUAAUAAUACAGCAAAUGAAGAACAGUAAUAACGAAAAUGACUUUGUUGUUAUUGUUUUUUUUUCUAUUAGGUGAUAUCAACGUCAAUCAAAAUUUGGCCAUCGCGUUGUUUCAAAAUUUAUUUCUAAGAUUUCACAAUGUCCUCGCCAACGAACUACAAACCAUAAAUCCGUCUUGGUCGGAUGAAAGAGUUUAUCAAGAAACCCGUAGGAUCAUUGGGGCAGUGAUGCAAGUUAUUACCUACGAUCAUUUCUUGCCUGUUCUUCUCGGUAGGUAUACAAAUAUUUACGGGUAAAUUAUCGAUGUAGGGACGGUCUCAGACAUGAAGUCUGAACUUUGUUUAAAUUUCUAGGCGAUGAAUACAUGAAAGAGUAUAAAUUGACCGGGCCAACGGUUUACGAUCCUUCAAUCAGUUCAGCUUUAGCCCAGGAAAUGACAAGUGGUGCUUUCCGAGCGGUUCACAAUAUUAUUCCCGCAAAAUUUAAGUACGUACCUAUAUAAUAAAACGAUAUAGAGUAUAAGAUAAUUUAAUAACCUACCAAAUAUGACGUAUGAUCAACAGUCUUAUAGCUGCCAAUUAUUCAACCGUCGACCAAGUAGAGCCUUCCAGAAUAUUGCUGAAACCAGACUUGCUCGUAGGAAAUUUCGACAACAUGUUACGAGGGUUCUUGGAGACACCUGGCAGACUUGCACAACCAUCCUACAAUACUUUGGUAAACACAACACCUAACUUUUUAAAUAACACGAUACACGUAAAGGGAUGAUAUUAUUUUCUUUCACUUUCUUAGAUUACAAAUGUCGUGUUCAAAAUACCGAACCUGGAUGGAUACUCCGGUUUCGAUUUGCUAUCAUACGAUAUACAAAGAGGCAGAGACAACGGAUUACCGCCAUAUAACAAAAUAAGGCAAAUUUGUGGAUUAACAAAGGCGAUUAAGUUUUCCGAUUUAUCCGAUUUAAUUUCAUUGGAAGUACGUAAAUUAGAUAACAUUUGUAUGAGAGUUGAAAGGUCACAUAAAAAACAUUCCAAAUCUUUAAAUCAUGUGACUUUCCUACGUAUUAUUUUAUUUUUUUAGGAUAUUGAAACAUUGAAAACGCUCUACUCUACAGUGCACGACAUAGACUUUAUUGUUGGAGCUAUUUUGGAGAAACCCAGAAGUGGAUCAAUGGUCGGCCCAACAACCGCUUGUGUAAUCGGAGACACCUUCUAUAGGUUCAAAGCUGGUGAUCGUUUCUUUUACGAUAUUCAAGGACAGCCGGGUAGUUUUACCCUAGGUAUGUAUAUGAAAUGAAUAAUAUAUUAUUAAUAAUUUGUAUUCAUGGUCAUAUAGGAUUUAUUAAAUUUCUUUUUUACAUUUUUUGCAGAACAAAUACAAUCGCUGAAAAAUAUCUCGCUCAGCAAUGUUAUGUGUUCAUCAUCGCACUUAGAUCACAUGCAAAAAGAAAGUUUUAGAUACGUUGAUCACAAGUAAGAAAUUAAGCAUCUUAAUAAAUUUAAGAAUAAAUGAUAAUAACGUGCGUCUUAUUUUUGCUAGAUGGAUGUCAAGUCAGAAGUAUAGUUGUGAUUCGUAUAAAAUUGACUUAUCGCAAUGGAAAGAAUAAUAUUACCUAAUAUAAUAAUAUAUAUUCACUACUACUCAUUUUAUAUUAUAAUAGAAUGAUCAUUUAUUUAGAUACAUAUCUAAUUAGGAAUAUCAUGUCAGUGUAAACGUUAACGUUUUUAUAAUUUUUUUUUCAUUCAACCUGUAAUAUGUAUUUUAGUUUUAUAUAAUAUUUUCAUCGCCACCAAAACUGUUAUUUACUUUAUUUGAAAAUUAUGUUAGAAUCAAUCAUGUUCAUUUCGUUUAAUAGAAAAUAUUGUAAGUAGGCACUUGAAAACAAUUUUUAUUUGCAAUAUAUUUAUACAUCUGUUGUAUUAUUUAUUAAAUGUCUAUAUUUAUUC